AUGGCGGAUCCUUCAUCAGAGAAACUUGCAGAGUCUUCUGCUGCUUCAAGGAAGUCUCUCAAUGUUCCACCAAACCAAACGGGCAUCUCCUCCGAACUGGCAUCCAUCUCAGAGAUCGAUCAAGAGAAAGCACAAGUUAAGCAAACCGAGGAUGUUCCUCCAGUACGAGACAUUACAGGUUGGAGAUGGGCUUUGGUGGUUGCUGCCAUACUUUCCUCCACUUUUCUCUUCGCGCUCGACAACACCAUUGUGGCAGAUGUCCAAGCUGAUAUCGUCGUUACCUUCAACGAUGUUAGUAAGCUUUCGUGGCUUAGUGUGGGCUUCCUCAUUGGCGCAGCUAGUACGAAUUUAGUAUGGGGAAAGAUUUUUGGUCAGUUUAAUGCGAAAUGGACAUAUAUCAUUUCGAUUAUUAUCUUUGAGGCCGGCUCCGCGUUGUGCGGUGGUGCUCCCAAUAUGCCUGCUUUGAUUGUUGGGAGAGCACUUUGUGGAUUCGGUGGUAGUGGCACUGUAAUAGGUCCAAUUAUUGGAGGUGCAUUCACAGAUUCCUCUGCAGGAUGGCGUUGGGCUUUCUACAUCAAUCUUUGCAUUGGCGCAGCUUGCGCUCCAGUCUACUUAUUCCUUCUCCCAAACUACGAUCCCCGCCCUGGUGUUCCACUCCUCAAUCGCGCAAAAGAGGUUGAUUGCCUCGGUGGCAUACUUAUAAUUGGAGCCUUUGUCUCUGGUGUCAUGGCCGUCUCAUUCGGUGGUGUAACUUACCCUUGGAACUCUGGAAAGAUCAUCGGUUUGUUCGUCUGCUCAGGUAUCUUAUUCAUCAUCUUCAGCAUCCAACAAGUUUAUACUAUCUUGACCACGAGCAGCCGCAGAAUCUUCCCUAUCGAAUUCUUGAAGAGUAGAACAAUGCUUAUUCUUUUCGCCAUGACAUCUGCUGGAGGAACCGCUAUCUUCAUCCCUAUAUACAUGAUUCCAAUCUUCUUCCAAUUCACCCGUAACGACUCAGCUCUCGAAGCGGGUGUUCGUCUUCUUCCAUUCAUUUUCCUGAUGAUCUUCGCCGUCAUAUCCAACGGUGCUAUUCUUUCUGCAUACGGUUACUACAUGCCAUGGUACACCGCAGGCGGAAUCCUCGUCCUCAUCGGCGGCUCUCUCAUGUUCGCUGACGUCACCCCCGAUACCUCUAUUGCCAAAAUCUACGGCUUCACCAUCCUCAUCGGUUUCGGCGUCGGUCUCUUCGCCCAAGCCUCCUUCUCCGUUGCGCAAGCCGUCGUUGCCGAAGAACUCGUUUCUUCCGCCGUCGGUUUCAUCACCUGCGCACAAGUAGGCGGUGUAACCAUCGCUCUCGCAAUCGCCAAUUCCGUCUUCCUAAAUGGAAGUCAGGAGAAGAUCCAAGCCAUCCUACCUGAUUUACCAGCUGCGGAAAUCCAGCAGGCGAUUGCGGGUGCGGGUAGUGAGUUUGUGAAGAAUUUGACAGAGAUACAGCAAAAGGAGGUUAUUCAGGCGACUGUGGAGAGUAUGAGUAAGACUUAUGCUAUGGUUAUUACGGCGGGAGCGUUGACUGCGGUGUUGAGCUUAUUGAUGAAGAGGGAGAAGCUUUUUAUGAGUGCUACUAUAGGGGGUGCUUAG